GCCCGUGCAGUUUUAUCUCUGCUGUAAACAAGUGCUGCUGUCCUCCCUCGGUCCUCAGUGAGCUGAUAAUUUGUUUUUGUUGAUGUCCUCCGUGCUCAUCCGUUCAGGACUUAUCCGCCCUUGAAAUAUAUGCAGUCAUACUUCACCGAGACAUAAAAAAAACUACAAGGGAGGCCGCCUUCCCGACAAAAAAAAAACCCCUUGAAUAUCUUGUGUGCACAGUUUUAAAAUUGUUCCAAGUCAAUUAAGAGUUUCUGUUUCGAAUAUGUACAGUUUCGAAUGAAAACGAGACGGAUGAAAGGGUGCCCACUGUGAUAUAUACGGAAGUGUUCUCGACCACUCCCUUCGCGGCCCUCCUCAGGCUUUGUAUGGCCUUCUCAUGUUGCUACAAUCCGCCUGGAAUCCAAAUUUGCAAAUUUCACCGAGCGACGCUUCUUCAUUGAACUUACAGAGCAUACAGGACAACUUGAAACCGGGAUGGAGCGUCCAUGUGACAGCUGAUAACCGACUCUACUAUCUCAAUGAGGAAAGUGAUACAUGCUCCUGGAUUCCCCCGGUCGAAGUUUGGGGCAAGGAGGUCGGACGGGGACUGCCGUUUGGAUGGGAAGAAGCCGUUGAUCCCAACGGGAAAACCUACUAUAUCAACCAUGUCAACAAAACGACAACGUACGAGGAGCCGGUGCUCGACUGGAGCGAGGAGCCACCUCAACCGAGGCAGGUCAGCCUCACGAGGCACUCCGAGCUGGGAUUCGGUUUUGUCGCCGGCUCCGAAAGGCCUGUCAUCGUCAGGUUCGUGACAGAAGGGGGUCCAAGCGAGGGGAAGCUGCUUCCCGGAGAUCACAUCCUCGAAGUCAAUUCGGAAGAUGUGAGCUGUGCCCCGAGAGAUCAUGUUAUUCAGCUCGUCAGAGCGUCCAAGACAACAGUCGACCUCGUCGUAUGUCAACCUGUACUCAUAAAUUCAUCUAGAAAAUCUGCAAUUCUGAGUUCAGCAAAGAAAGCAAAAUUAAAAACUAAUCCAUCCAGGGUCAGAUUUGCAGAGGGAGUGGUUGUCAACGGUUCUCCUUUAUUUCCAGGUUGCACUUUGAGUGGAGGCGAUUGGGGCUCUGGCACCGUCCUUCCGAAUGUGCUGAAAGUGUUCCUUGAAAACGGGCAGACCAAGUCUUUCAAAUACGAUAGCUGUACGACUGUUGGCGAUGUACUUCAAUCACUUGAGACCAAGCUCUGUUUGAAAGAGACGAAUCAUUUUGCGUUAGUUUUGGAACAAGUUAAAACUUUGAGGCGAAACAAGCUGACACUCCUUAACCCUCACCAUACCCUAUCAAGGGUUGCUUCCAGGCCUGGAACACAUAAUCUGAGGUGCCUGUUCAGAGUCGCCUUUGUACCAGGCGAUCCAUGUGAUUUAGCGCAGAAAGACUUAUCGGCUUUUGAAUAUUUUUAUCUUCAAUGUUGUAAUGAUAUAGUCCAAGAGAGGUAUGCCCCAGAAUUAAAAUACGAUGUAGCAUUAAGAUUAGCAGCAUUACAUAUUCACCAGCACUGUUUAGCAAACAAUAUUCAACCAUCAAAAAUAACCGUCAAGUCUGUCGAAAGAGACUUCGGGCUUGAAAAAUUUGUUCCCUCGUCUCUUUUGGAAACGAUGAAAAGGAAGGAAUUAAGGAAAGUGCUCACGCAUCUUUUAAAACUCAAUUAUACUAUGACUGGGUCGAGCCACAAAUGUCUAACAGCGUUACAAGCGAAAUUGUACUACCUGACAAUAAUUAGUCAAUUGCCAAGUUACGGAGCGAAAUGCUUUCCUACAAAUAGCAUGGAUAACAAUGGUGAAAAUGUGAUACUUGUGAGCCCAAAACUGGGUAUUAGUCAAAUCACCGGUCUUAGAAACAAUAUGCCAAUUUCUGUUGCUGACAUUGAACAACUUUGCAUGGUUCAAAUAGAAAAAGAAGACCAUUUGCUUUCAACUGUUACACUUUUUUUACCAUCAACACCCAAUAAGGAACUAAGAUUUACGGUGGAAGAGAGAGAUGCUGAAGAGUUGGUUCUCGUACUCCAAGGCUAUUUUAAACUUUUUACCGGCUCCGAUCUACAAGUACAUCAAGAUCCUGAUGAAUGGAUCAUCGAUACAGCACCCCUCUAUCACUCGCAGCAUGUCGUCAAACCGGCAUUCUGGAGCUACGGAUUGGACGGCGAUCACGAAGAGCACAGGAUGGUCAAUUUUGCAAUUCCUCUUCACACACUCAACCCAAAUAGACAAGUCAAGACAAAUGGAAAUCACACACUGAGUAGAAGUAAUAGUAAAGUAAUUAGAAGUAACGGGGUUGAUAGCAACAUGAAUGUGCCUGGUAAAGUGAGAGACAGGAAUGGCAUGAAUCCCUUGUCACCAAGUAACAACGGUAUUGACUUCCACAGUGUUGUUUCGAUGGAAAUUCUCGAACAGGAGGGUUACAUUGAUGCUCAUAACCCCGAGGUUGUACGCAGGGUGGCAGAGAUGCAAGCAGUGGUGGAGAACUCUGAGGAGUAUCUGUCCAAGCACCAGAGAGAGAACAGCGACUCUGAUACUUCCCACAUGUCCAUAGAUGGUGAUAACCCGGCACCGGCCUCGCUCAAACACAGCGAUUCCCUCCUUUUGCUCACUCAGGAGAUAGAACAGUGUGUGAAUGAAGCAUUUAAUUCCUUAGAAGUAGGAGACACAGAAAGCGAUACUGACUCUCUUACUACUAGUCCAUCGCACAAUAGUAUAGCUAAGACACCGAAUAGAGAUUCAGAUUCUAGCUUUGGCCUUCAUAGCCCGGACAAUCUUGUAGGCACUUCCACCUUUGAAGCAUUGCAGGAAGUUUGGAGAAAGGUUCAAGAAACAGGAAACGCCGAUGGGCAAGCUAUGCUCUGUCUCGAUCCUGAGAUUAUAGAUCUGACCCUCUUGCCACCGCCUAUUACUCCAGACAAGGAUAUCGGACCAGUGGCGGAGCAGUUACUUAGCCUUGGACUUGAGGAGUUCUUGGAAACAAUCAAAGUGGUGCCGCCUCCGCCUCCAGAAGCAGUCGAUCCUACUGUAAAACUCACAACCGAGCAGAUAUCUGCCUUUAUAAUACCACCGCCUCCGCCACCGCUGGAGGAAUUGCGUAAAGCUAUAGAGGAAAACGGACCGAAGGAAGGAGAUAAAAGUGCAAAAGUCAAUCCCAGAGCCUGUUCCGGUCAGGCAAUGCCCGAAAGGCCACCAAAGUGUACAUUAAAAUAUCCACCUCCAUUGCCUCCUAGGUCCGACUCCUUCAGCAGGAAAAACUUUCUCGGAGAAUCUGAUAUGAAUGUUGAGGCUUUAAAAGUGACUACGGAUUUCAGUGAUGUCCUUAGCCUUGCUUUGGCGCAGACAGAAAGGAGUGUCAACACAAAUCAGGAAGUAAAGGACAUGCUAGGCCUUGAGCUUCGGAGAUUGGUAACUUCUUCUAAGCUUCUUGUCAGGAGUCACAAAUGUGCCAACACAACCCUCGAAAGUGGGGAUUACAAAGGGAACCUUCAGUCCGUCGUGUCCCAAUUGAGGAAGACGGUCGAUUACGGAGUAACCAUGGAAAGCGUGUUUGUGCUUGGUGUGCUUCAAGUAGUGACUCAGGUCCAGGGGAUCAUCGUAGCUGAAAAUCAGGAAGACCUCAGCUCAGGAGCUGAAAGGCUGGCGACGGCUCUUGCCGCCCUUAUCAAACACUGUCAAACGCCGUCAGCAUAACCAUCCGGCUUGCGCAGUCGGGACCUCUGAUAUCUAGUCUGAACAUAUGCAAUUAAUUUACCAUCAUGGACAACUCCCACAUAAUUCUUAGCACUAUAUAAAUUUUGCUUUUAAACCUUUAAAAAGGAGAUAUUAUGUACAAUAUGUUUACUUGAGAUCAAUACGCAAGUUAACCUUUAGUAGUUAUAGAUUUUUAUCAAUAAUUAUUUGUAUUCGUAA